AUGGCUGUGGCUACAGCUCCGUCGUUAAACCGCCAUUUCCUCCGCCGUGUCUCGAACCCUUACUCGAGAGUGAAGAAACGACAACUAUGGCUACUUCCAGGAGACGCGACCCUUUUCGAUUCUCGCCGGAAUUUGAAUUCCCAUCUCCUUGUUUUCGCUUCCUCUUCUCCGUCUCCGUCGUCUUCUCCACCGUCUCCAGAUUCUCCGACGGAGGAUCUCACGGCGGAAUCGUGCGUUAAUACUGGUCUCGAUCUCUUCAAAAGAGGACGGGUUAAAGAUGCUCUUGUUCAGUUUGAAACUGCACUGAGUUUGGAUCCAAAUCCUAUUGAGUCACAAGCUGCUUACUAUAACAAAGCAUGUUGUCAUGCUUACCGGGGUGAAGGGAAAAAAGCUGCUGAUUGUUUGAGAAUUGCUUUGAGAGAUUAUAAUCUGAAGUUUGCCACGAUUCUUAACGAUCCCGACUUAGCAUCCUUUCGCGCAUUACCCGAGUUUAAGGAGUUGCAAGAAGAGGCUAGGUUAGGUGGGGAGGAUAUUGGCGAUAGUUUCCGAAGAGAUCUGAAACUCAUCAGCGAAGUACGAGCACCGUUUCGUGGCUUUAGAAAGUUCUUUUAUUUUGCAUUCGCAGCAGCAGCAGGUAUCUCGACGUUCUUUACAGUGCCAAGACUGAUUCAGGCAAUCAGAGGCGGUGAUGGUGCUCCUGAUCUUCCGGAAACUACAGGAAAUGCUGCAAUUAACAUUGGAGGUAUUGUUGUUCUGGUUUCAUUGUUCCUUUGGGAAAACAAGAAAGAAGAAGAACAAAUGGUUCAGAUAACUCGAGACGAAACUCUUUCUCGGUUACCACUACGCCUCUCAACCAACCGUGUUGUUGAACUUGUGCAGCUAAGGGAUACAGUUCGACCCGUUAUUCUAGCUGGAAAAAAAGAGACUGUUACACUUGCAAUGCAAAAAGCAGAUAGAUUCAGAACCGAGCUCCUAAGACGAGGUGUUCUCUUAGUUCCUGUGGUAUGGGGUGAACGUAAAACACCUGAAGUCGAGAAGAAAAAGGGUUUUGGAGCUUCUUCAAAGGCAGCUGCAUCUCUUCCUUCAAUUGGGGAAGAUUUCGACACACGGGCUCAAUCGGUAGUUGCCAAAUCGAAACUGAAAGGUGAGAUCAGAUUCAAGGCCGAGACUGUGUCGCCUAGUGAAUGGGAAAGGUGGAUAAAAGAUCAACAGAUAUCUACAGGAGUCGACCCUGGCGAUGAUGUGUACAUCAUACUGCGGUUAGAUGGUCGAGUCCGCAGAUCUGGUAAAGGGAUGCCGGAUUGGGCUGAGAUCGCAAAGGAGUUGCCGCCGAUGGAUGACGUUCUCAGCAAGUUAGAGAGAUGA